GGAGGCGCUGCAGCUCUUUAGUCCGCAAAUAAACUCACUAAAGAAAGAAAGAGCGCUCGUGUGAUGUGUUUGUGUAUUCAGUGUUUUUCUCUCUUGCGCGUUUCAUUGACUUUAAACAGACUCUUGUUUCUGUGUAUUUAAGUGUUGAGACGUUGAUGAUGAGAUGUGCUGUAAAUUAGUAUGAACUGAUCUGUUCAUGCUGGAUAUAUUGAUGAUUUCAUCACAGAAAUCGCUCAGCUGAAGAAAGAGGAGAUUUAGCAAUGAAUCGAGAGGAUGUGGAUUGUUGUGAAUCUUCAGUGUAUCUGACUGAUGAUGGGAGUCUGGAUUCAGUGUGGAUGAGCAGAGAUCAGAGCCGCACACCACAGACACUGCUGGACUCUAAACUCUCUGAAGAGAAAUCCAGACACACACAAGACUCUGAUCUCAGUCUGACUUUACUCUGUUAUACUGAGUCAAAGCUCACAGACACUCAUGACACUACAGUGUGUGACAGUAAACAGAGCUUACAGGAGGAUCAAACCUCCACAGAGUCUCUGGAUUCUGUCUGUAACGCUGGAGAACAGCAGCAGAUCCUGCAGACCAAACUGAAGAUGUGUUCAGUUAAAAUCAUUGACUGCACGAACCUCAUGAUGAAGACUAAAACUGAACCCACAGAAAUCAAAACUGAACUCACAGAAAUCAAAACUGAACCGACAGAAAUCAAAACUGAACCAACAGAAAUCAAAACUGAACCCACAGAAAUCAAAACUGAACCCACAGAUAUAAAAAUUGAACCCACAGAAGAGGAAGAUCGCCCUGAUGAAGAUGAUGACUUUAUUACAUCAGAUGUGAAGAGCGAUUCAUGUUUGGAUAUCGAAAUAACGUCCUCAACAUCAAAAGAGCGACUGACAGCACAAACUCUUUCCUGCAUCACCUGUGGAAAGACAUUCAGCUCACAGAGACAUUUAGAGAGACAUGAGAGAAAACACACAGAACAGAAACUCUUCACCAGAUCUGAGAUCAGCUUUACUACCUUACAAGAGAAGAAACUUCAUUCAGAAGACCACAGAGAGAAGAAGAAGAAGAAGCAGUUUCACUGUGAGCAGUGUGGGAAGAGUUUUGUCUGUUCCUCUAAUCUAAAUGUUCACAUGAGGACACACAGUGAUGAAAAGCCUUUCAACUGCACUGAAUGUGGAAAAUACUUCAGAACCAAACAACAUCUUGAUAUUCAUCAGAGAAUUCACACAGGAGAAAAACCUUACGAGUGUCCUCACUGUGAGAAGAGUUUUAAUGUAAAUUCUGCCUUACUAAGGCACCAGAGACUUCAUACAGGUGAAAAACCUUUCAAAUGUUCUCAGUGUGACAAGACGUUUGCUUGUUCAAGUAGCUUAAUAAGCCACGAAAGAGUUCAUACUGGAGAAAAACCUUAUCACUGUAGUGUCUGUGGGAAGAGUUUUAGUCAAGGGGCUUCAUUACAAAAUCACAAGAGAAUUCAUACAGGUGAAAAACCUUUCAAAUGCUCUCAGUGUGACAAGACGUUUGCUCAGUCAGGUCACUUGAAAGCCCAUCAGAGACUUCAUACAGGUGAAAAACCUUUCAAAUGCUCUCAGUGUGACAAGACGUUUGCUUGUUCAAGUAGCUUAAUAAACCACGAAAGAGUUCAUACUGGAGAAAAACCUUAUCACUGUAGUGUCUGUGGGAAGAGUUUUAGUCGACAGUCACCCUUAAUAAGGCACCAGAGAAUUCAUACAGGUGAAAAACCUUACAAAUGCUCUCAGUGUGAUAAGACUUUUUCUAAGUCAGAUCACUUAAAAUCUCAUCAGAGAGUUCAUACUGGAGAGGAUGUGGAUUGUUGUGAAUCUUCAGUGUAUGAGACUGAUGAUGGGAGUCUGGAUUCAGUGUGGAUGAGCAGAGAUCAGAGCCGCACACCACAGACACUGCUGGACUCUAAACUCUCUGAAGAGAAAUCCAGACACACACAGGACUCCGAUCUCAGUCUGACUUUACUCUGUUAUACUGAGUCAAAGCUCACAGACACUCAGGACACUACAGUGUGUGACAGUAAACAGAGCUUACAGGAGGAUCAAACCUCCACAGAGUCUCUGGAUUCUGUCUGUAACGCUGGAGAACAGCAGCAGAUCCUGCAGACCAAACUGAAGAUGUGUUCAGUUAAACUCAUCGACUGCACGAACCUCAUGAUGAAGAUUAAAACUGAACCCACAGAAAUUAAAACUGAACCCACAGAAAUCAAAACUGAACCAACAGAAAUCAAAACUGAACCAACAGAAAUCAAAACUGAACCCACAGAAGAGGAAGAUCGCCCUGAUGAAGAUGAUGACUUUAUUACAUCAGAUGUGAAGAGUGAUUCAUGUUUGGAUAUAGAAAUAACGUCCUCAACAUCAAAAGAGCGACUGACAGCACAAACUCUUUCCUGCAUCACCUGUGGAAAGACAUUCAGCUCACAGAGACAUUUAGAGAGACAUGAGAGAAAACACACAGAACAGAAACUCUUCACCAGAUCUGAGAUCAGCUUUACUACCUUACAAGAGAAGAAACUUCAUUCAGAAGACCACAGAGAGAAGAAGAAGAAGAAGCAGUUUCACUGUGAGCAGUGUGGGAAGAGUUUUGUCUGUUCCUCUAAUCUAAAUGUUCACAUGAGGACACACAGUGAUGAAAAGCCUUUCAACUGCACUGAAUGUGGAAAAUACUUCAAAACCAAACAAAAUCUUAAAGUUCAUCAGAGACUUCAUACAGGAGAAAAACCUUACGAGUGUCCUCACUGUGGGGACAGUUUUAGUGUAAAGCAUACAUUACUAAGGCACCAGAGACUUCACACAGGUGAAAAACCUUUCAAAUGUUCUCAGUGUGGCAAGACGUUUGCUUGUUCAAGUAACUUAAAAAACCACGAAAGAGUUCAUACUGGAGAUAAACAUUAUCACUGUAGUGUGUGUGGAAAGAGUUUUAGACAACGGGCUACAUUACGAAAUCACAAGAGAAUUCAUACAGGUGAAAAACCUUUCAAAUGUUCUCAGUGUGACAAGACGUUUGCUUAUUCAAGUAACUUAAAAAACCACGAAAGAGUUCAUACUGGAGAGAAACCUUAUCACUGUAGUGUGUGUGGAAAGAGUUUUGGACAACGGGCUACAUUACUAAAUCACAAGAGACUUCAUACAGGUGAAAAACCUUACAAAUGCUCUCAGUGUGACGAGACUUUUUCUAAGUCAGAUCACUUAAAAUCUCAUCAGAGAGUUCAUAGUGGAGAGAAACCUUAAAGGAACAAUAUGUAGAAAUUUAUAUCAAUUAAUAAUAAAAUGGCCCUGCAUGUCACUAGA